UAAUAGGUCGACACACAUUCUUCCCCAUAGCCUAACGAGGACAGAGGAUGCUUGUUGCUGCAAGGAACCAUGGGAUGUUAUAACUGUUGGGCACCGCAUUACCAAAAAUGAACCUUUUCAACAAACUUCUAUUUAAUGUUGUUAGAAGCCCUGUCUUCUCUUUAGCUAUACAAGAUGGGAUAAAAAGAAAGUUAUUUUUCAUAAGUCCUUGCAAAGCAAUCACUUGCAGAACAUUUGCUUUGUCUUCUUGGCUGAAUAAGGAUUCCUCAUCAAGCAGUACUGAGAAAUUAGAUCUGGAUGAAUGGAAACAUGUUGUGCGAUCAGUUUCUCAAGAAGAAAUUGGUGAGAAAACUGCAGAGAAUGAUGUGGACUCCCAUUUAGCGGCUACUAGGGAUCUUGUGGAGAUGUGGAGGCUGUUGGGUAGAGCUGUUCCAGAAAAUAUCAGCGAAGAACAAUUAAAAAUCUUAAUGGAAAAUCCUACGAAGUCUUCUAAAAGGAAAUAUUUAAAGUUCUUGGCUAUAAAGGAAGGUAUAAAGAGAUCCCAGAAAGAAAAGCGUGAAAAACAAAAGCAAAUAAGGCAAGAACUAAAAACUAAUAAUGAAAAUUUUGAACUAAAGAAUACAUUUUUGAAGAGGUUUUGGUCCAGGUCGGAGGAUCUUAUAUUCGAGUGGAGAGCUGCUCAGUCUAUGAUCUUUGGUCAGCCUCUGGUGUUUGAUAUGGCCUAUGAGAACUAUAUGUCAUGUAGAGAAAUGGAAAAUGCAGUGAAACAGAUGAUGGAAUCUGAAGGGGUCAAUCGUAAAGCUGUGGACCCAUUUCACUUGUAUUAUUGUAAUCUCACAGUGGAUGGUCCUUACCACAAAGAGUUUAUCAAACGCUAUGGGGAAGCAUGGGAUAAGUUGUUUGUGACAGCAACAGAAAAGAGUCAUGUUGAAAUCUUCCCCCAAAAUCAGCUUGUCUAUUUAACUGCUGAUUCCCCUAAUGUAAUGAAAACAUUUGAGCAUGAUAAAAUCUAUAUAAUUGGAUCCCUAGUUGACAAGUCAAUACAGACAGGAGUCUCUCUUGCCCAAGCAAAACGACUGAAUUUGGCAACAGCACGGCUUCCUUUGGACAAAUACCUGCAGUGGGAAGUGGGUGCUAAAAACCUUACUCUAAACCAAAUGUUGCAAAUCUUAAUGGUCCUGAAAGAUACAGGGGAUUGGAUGAAAGCUUUGAAGUUUGUUCCACAAAGAAAAUAUUCUGGCUUUGUAAACCCUUCCUCUUUUUUAAAGUUUACACUUGACACUAGGAAGAAAACAAUGUUGUCUGGCAAAACAACUAGCCAAGAAAAGGCAAGCAACCAGUUUGCAAGGAACUCCUUCAGACAGCAAAUGCAGAGAAAAUGGUGGGAAGAUGUGUCUUAAUAUAUUUUCAUCAAGUGAUGGGCAAUGCAAGUUUUUAAUCGAGCAUGGAUGUGUUAAUGUACUUUUUAUUACUUAAAAAUGAUGAUGGAACAAAUCUAUCCCCAUGCUCAACUUGCAAAAUAAUUUGCUUACCCAGCUGAGCUUUUGAAAAAAUCCUAGGACUGUUUGCAGUUGCUCAGGACAGUUGCAUCCCCACAGUGUACAUUCUCCCAUCCAGGUUCAGCAACAGUCCUGCAUUGUGGUAGAGAUUAAGACUGUAUUUUUCUUGGCCUCCUAAUUCAAAUUAUAAAGUAAAAAGAAUUACAUUUCCCAUCAGCACUGGCAGGAAGUGAUAGCUGAGAAAAUUAAAAUUCUAAGAAUAGAGCCUAUCCUGUUCUAUCAAAGGUUUUGGUUACUCCUCCCCCACCAUAAAGUCAGUCAGUUUCUCAGGAAGUGCAGAUAGAAGUGCACCUGAAUUUUGAACUAUGCCCUGAUUUAAAGAGCUCUUAUCCUGACUUGAAGAUGGCUUGAGAAUUUUUGAAUUGAGAAUUUGCAUUAUAAAUCCCUACCCCCAUCUGAAAUAUAGCUACCAUUUCUUCACCCUAUUUAAAUCAACAGGACUUAUUUAAUCAUAUUCUUCAAUACACCUAUUAGCAUCACUAGUACUUAACUUUGGCUGGAUUGUGCCUGGUAUCAACAAAGAACUGAUUCUAGACUCUUAAUCAUGUCAAAAUAUGCCAGUUUAAGCGAAGACUUCCAUUGCUGAGAUACCUGACUCCUACUUAGGGGGAAAGGUUACAUAAAUAUUGUUUAAAAUGCAUAACUUUAAGUCUAGGCCAUAAAAGGGUUGUGCCUACAGCUGCAGCCUUCAUGGCUUGAAAAAGGUUCUGUAGAGUAUUACACUUGAAGUCUGUUAGAAGUCCUAAUCUUAGCAAUGUGGCAUGUGUCAUUUUUGGAGUACUUGUUAUAUCACAGGUGGAUAGCAACUGAUAGCUAUAUCACAGAUGUUACAGUGCUAGGGCCAGCUUUUGAGCAUUGGUACAAUAAAUUGUGGCUACUUUGUUGGUAAGAAACUUUAGAGAGUACAUUUUUUCUAGUAAAUUACAAGUAGACUGAUACAAUAUUUACAUUUAUGUAAUUCCUUUAAGAGGUGUCUUGAUAUUGAUAUAACUGAUGAAAAUAAAUUUUGAUUUGGUUAUUGUUUAUACUUUUGUUUUGGUUGUCUCCUUUGUAAGAAGUAGGAUAUGCUAUAUUUAUAAAGAUUUUACAAAUUAAUAGAACACAUUUUCAUUGUUCUGAUAUAGAUCAAUAGAAAAUUGUAACAUCUAACUAAAAAUGAAAAGUGAGUAUUUUUAUGAUGCAUGGAUGUAUAUAGUUAUGAAACAGGCUUUAAAAAAGGAAAAGCUAAAAAUCUGUUAAUGAUUUUGGGGCUUUACAAAAAUACUCUGAAUCCCAUGAUAAAAUCAUGAAUUAACUGGUUGUAAACAUUUUGGAUCUUCCCAAUGUCUGAAUAAAAUCAUUCUUAUUUACUGGUUA